AUGAAGAAGUUCUCUCGGAUGCCCAAGUCCGAGGGCGGCGGCGGCGCGGCGGCGGGUGGCGGGGCCGGCGGGGCCGGCGGCGGCUCCGGCUCGGGCGGCUCGUCCGUGGGGGUCCGGGUGUUCGCGGUCGGCCGCUACCAGGUCACGCUGGAGGAGUCGCUGGCGGAAGGUGGAUUCUCCACAGUUUUCCUGGUGCGGACUCACGGUGGAACUCGAUGUGCAUUGAAGCGAAUGUAUGUCAAUAACAUGUCAGACCUUAACAUUUGUAAAAGGGAAAUCACAAUUAUGAAAGAGCUGUCUGGUCACAAAAAUAUCGUGGGCUAUUUGGACUGUGCUGUUAAUUCAGUUAGUGACAAUGUAUGGGAAGUGCUCAUCCUGAUGGAGUACUGUCGCGCUGGGCAGGUAGUGAAUCAGAUGAAUAAGAAGCUGCAGACGGGUUUUACGGAACCGGAGGUGUUGCAGAUACUCUGUGAUACCUGCGAAGCCGUCGCACGGCUGCACCAGUGCAAAACUCCGAUCAUUCACCGGGAUCUGAAGGUAGAAAAUAUUUUGUUGAAUGAUAGUGGAAACUAUGUACUUUGUGACUUCGGCAGUGCCACUAAUAAAUUUCUUAAUCCUCAAAAAGAUGGAGUUAAUGUAGUGGAAGAAGAAAUUAAAAAGUACACGACUCUGUCGUACAGAGCCCCCGAAAUGAUCAACCUUUAUGGAGGGAAACCCAUCACCACCAAGGCUGACAUCUGGGCACUGGGAUGUUUACUCUAUAAACUUUGUUUCUUCGUUCUUCCUUUCGGUGAGAGUCAAGUUGCCAUCUGUGAUGGCAGCUUCACCAUCCCGGACAGUUCUUGCUAUUCCCGUAACGUACAUUGCUUAAUCAGGUUCAUGCUUGAACCAGAUCCAGAACGUAGACCUGAUAUAUUUCAGGUGUCGUAUUUUGCAUUUAAAUUUGCCAAAAAGGACUGUCCAGUCUCCAACAUCAAUAAUUCUUCUAUUCCUUCAGCUCUUCCUGAACCGAUGACUGCUAGUGAAGCAGCGGCUAGGAAAAGCCAAAUAAAAGCCAGAAUAACAGAUACCAUUGGACCAACAGAAACCUCCAUUGCACCAAGACAAAGACCAAAGGCCAACUCCACUCCCGCCACUCCCAGUGUGCUGACUGUGCAGAGUUCAGCCACCCCUGUCAAAGUCCCCGUUCCAGGUGAAUUUGGUAACCACAGACCGAAAGGGGCACUAAGACCUGGAAACGGCCCUGAACUUGUGCUGGGCCAGGGAGUUCCGCAGCAGGGACCCCAGCCGCCCCGAGUGCUGCAGCAGCUGCAGCAGGGGGACUGGAGGCUGCAGCAGCUGCACCUGCACCCCCCGCACCCCCCGCUGCUGCCGGACGCCUACGCGCUGCAGUGUCCCCACGUGCUCCAGCAGCCGUUCCCGGCACACCCUGCCUGCCAGCCGCAGCCCUCUGCCCCCCAGCGCCCCACCACGAUGCAGCAGUACCAGCAGGCCUUCGUGCAGCAGCCUGUGUUAGCGCAGCGCCCGCUGUCUCAGCCGCAGGCCUUGCCCGAAUACCUCGGCUCCCCGCAGGAGUUCUCGCCAGCCGUGGCUGCCUACCCUGCCUCACUCCCCGCUCAGCUCGGAACCAUCGUGGACGCCUCCUACGGUGCCAGUAGGUCAGUUGCUGAUAAAGAGGCUGUUGCACAUUUUACAAAUCAGAAGAACGUCAGUAAUCCGCCUGAUAUGUCAGGGUGGAAUCCUUUUGGGGAGGAUAAUUUCUCCAAGUUAACAGAAGAGGAACUACUGGACAGAGAAUUUGACCUUCUAAGAUCAAACAGGCUGGAGGAGAGAGCUCCCUCAGAUAAGAAUGUAGACCCACUUUCUGCUCCACACAGUCAGCCUCCAGAAGAUCCUUUUGGUUCUGUUCCUUUCAUUUCUCACUCAGGCUCUCCCGAAAAGCAAGCUGAACGCGCAUCCUCGAAUCAAGAACUGGGCGCUGCAGGCCCGAUCCGGAACGGAAGGUGCAGCCCGGAGCCCGCACAUCAGCCUGGAGGGAAAACCUCGGAGAGUUCGUCGGCGCCGGGUCGUGUGCAGAAGCGCAACGAUGAGUCCGAAAGCGACUUUGAGUCGGAUCCGCCUUCUCCUAAGAGCAGUGAGGAGGAAGAGCAGGAGGACGAGGACGUUCUUCAGGGAGAACAGGGCGAUUUUAACGACGACGACACGGAGCCGGAGAACCUGGGCCACAGGCCGCUGCUGAUGGACUCCGAGGAGGAGGAGGAGGAGGAGGAGGAGGAGGUGGACGCGUUCGGCGCCGUCCCCUUCUCGGCGGCGCGGGGCGCGGGGCCCCUGCCCGGGGCGGCGCUGGCGGGACGCGGGUGGCCCGCGCGGCCGGCGCAGGAGGAGGCGGACGUGUUCUCGCGGGCGCCCUUCGGCCGGAAGGCGGGCGCGGCCCCCGCGCGGCCCCGCGGCGCCGACGCCUUCGGCUGCGCCCCGUUCCAGCCGCUGCCCGCGGGCGCGAGCGGGGCCGCCGGCCGGGAGGACCUGUUCGGCCUCGCGCCCUUCGGGGACGCGGCCGGGAGCGGCCCGCAGAGAGCGCGGCCCCGCGGCCCGCAGAAGCCGCCCCCGCGCCGGCGCAGCGCGCGGCUGGACGCGGCCAAGGGCGGCGGGAGGCGGCUGCACGCGGCGCCCGCGGGCGCCAGGAAGGCCCCGAGGCCGCCGCACCGCACCCCCGAGCGGGCGCGCAGGCCGCGCAGGCCGGGCCGCCGGGACUCGCAGGGCAGCGGCGAGUUCUUCGCCGGCUCGGACUCGAAGGAGAACAUGGGCGUGGCGCCGGCCGACGGGAGGGACCGAGCGAGCGCGCCGCCGCCCGAGGACGGCCCGCUGGACCCCUUCGGCGCGAAGCCCUUCCGGCCCCCGGCGCCCCCGGGCCGCGGCGACGUCGAGCUCGGCCUGGCCGGGCGGUCGCUGCAGGGGUCGCUGCACGGGUCGCUCCUCGGGUCCCUGCAGGGGUCGCUGCGCGGCGCGGACGCGCUGAAAACGGACGACUUCGGGGCUGUGCCCUUCACGGAGCUCGUGGUGCGGGGGGUCGGCCCGCGCCCGCGCCCGCACCCGCCCCGCGCGGCCGAGCCCGACCCGUUCGGGGCCGCCCCGUUCCCGGCCAAGCCGUAGCCGCGCCCCGGUGACUCCUGUGUCCGGAAGGGUCCGAAGGUGCGGGUGGUUUGAUGGAUUCGAGAGGAUUUAUUUGUGUAGCUCUUUCUGUCGCGUUCCUGGAGUCAAUCAGAAUAGGCGAUUUUUAAAUAAACCAAAUAGAAAAAGGAAGCAUCCACAGGGUAGUGACUCGAUGCCUUUUCCAAGCAGGAGCGACCGACCGCGGUUCCGCCACCGGCGCCCCGGGGACCGCGACGCUGUCGUCACUUUCGGUGGCGGAAUGUCGUGUGUGUGUCUGCAGCCCAGGCUCGGCCCAGAUCCAGCUUCUAAAACGAGGGUUUGCACACGCUCAGGCUGUGCUUGUGAAGUUUUUUAAAGUCUCUUCUAAUUUCCACAUAGUAAAAAAUCUAAUUCUCUUAAAGAAUUAGGAAAUUAUUUCCUGCAGCGUACAGACAUUCUGUACACCUUUCUCUAAAGCAGAGCCAGACGUAACUGACUAUUGUGCCUAAAACUGUUUUCAUUUUUAAAAACAAGUGCCAUUAAUACGGAAUAUCUAAUAAGUGUACGAAAUAAUGCAUCUAUAUUAAUUAGCUCCAUUUAGCCAUUUCACAGUAUAUACAUGUCAAAACAACAUGCUGUACAUGAUAAAUAUAUGCAAUUUUUGUCAAUUAAGACAUAAAUUUUAAAAAAUGCAAUCUCUGCACAGAAGCCUAGAACAAAAACAUAGAGAAAAAUAUCUGACAUUUGAAAAAUGUAAAAGAAAAAACGAUAUAGCGAGAAAAAACUGAGUAUUUUAGAAACACUUUAUACUCUGUUUCUGAAUGGCUUCUUGCCCCCAAUUUUUAGCAUCAUGUCCCUAAUAAAGCAGAUUAUUAGAAAAACUGGGAGUGAGGACGAGGGUUAUGUAGAAAUCUUAUUUCAGGAAAAAAGCAUGUAGCUGAAACCCUGAAUUUUAAAGACGUUUACAAUGUAAAAUCAUGUUGCAUUUAAUAAUGUACUUUAUUAAAUCACCGCCUUCACCAAAUACUCGUCAAGUCAUAAGCAACAGUUUUUACUUCUUUUACUAGGUUUGAGGGUGGAGCAGUGUUGACACAGCGCAGGGGACAGUGAAAGCCGGCGAGCCUUGCGGGCGGGGUCCCUGCGUCCGGCCACCGGUACCCCCCCCCCACCGGCUCCCACCGUGGCGGGAGGGGAGUGUGGUGAGGGACCAGCACCGGGACCCUGCCACUGGGACCAUGUCUUUACUGAGAAGAACCCGGCUACCAAAAUUGCCUCCCCCCCCCCCACCGUAAAUCCUAAUUACAAACUUGAGAUUUUAUAGAAACUGUGUUUAAUGGUAGACAUCACAUCUCUGAAUUAAUGUGAAUACAGCAUCCGUGUUUCCUGCGUCUGUAUCUAUUUUAGGUUAAAAUUAACUGUCCUUCCCUAUCAGAUUAACAUUUGGAAGUUUCUAGAACUGUGAAAGCAAUUUACCAAAAGGGGCAGAAAUUCUUAUCAACUGGUACUCUCCUCGAUUGCUAUGUUUUAAAUGAACUCUUCCAACCCAAUCAAAGUGUAUUUUAUGAGUCAUCUUACUAGAAUCUCUUAAUUAUAGCGCCCCCCGGCGGAUAAGCUAUUUGCCUGUUUUCACAGUUCUGAACUUGGAAAUAAGCAAAGUGUAUGUAACUAAACCACAUAUUCUUUUUUUCUCCUUUCGCAUGGUAAAUCAGAUACAAAUUGGAUAGGGACGCAGUGUGUGAGUUACAAUGUAGCAGACGCAGGCCAAGCAGCGCAUUGCUACUUAGAGUUGUGCUUUUAGAGGCGAGCUGCUCCAGUUACUUGUCCUUGUGCCAAAGGCAAAUACUAUGUUUGCACCAUUUUUUUUCAUAUUCUCAGGUUGAUUAAUAACUGCUAAUGCAAAUGUUCAAGUAGAUGUUCUUUAAAACGUUACAAAAUAGGUUCAAGUGAUACUUUCUUUUAAAAGUGAAGAGUUGAUUACACAUAGUAAAUUCAUGAACUACAGUAGGUUUGUAUCAAACAUAAUUUUUUUUUUUUUUUUUUAAAGAAAGUCUGUUGGUAGAUGUGUACAUAAGGUUUCUUUGACUUUUUAGUCCUUGGUCUCUGCUAGACCUCAUGAGUUUCAUCAUUUAGAAGAGGUAAUGGAUGAAUUAAUAUAGUCUCCUUUGGAUGUAAACAUGAAAUGCCUAGAGUUUUACUUGUUUUUCAAGACACUGAAUAAUUUUAAAUGAUUCAGACACUGAUGUGUAGACCCUUUGGCUUACAAUGUUAGCAAAAUUCUGCGGAAACAACUCUGACAACUUACAAUAUUUACUUAUGUUCGUAUGUUUAUCAUAGCACAGCCCGGAAACUUCCCUCUUCCUAGAUUGCAGCUCGGACACAGUUGGGGUCCAGGGGGGUAGAAAGGGGGAGACUGGGUGUUUCCCCAAGGGGUACAGAUUGACACCUCCUGUUUUCCUCAUUGCCCCCGCCAUCCCGGUCGAGGUGUUGGCUACUCCACAUGGCUGAGGCCAAGGUCUCUCUCACGAGCACCACGAGACUAAAGCUGCCCGUGAGCGCCCGACACGACAUGGCACACAGCGCGGUAGGGUUUUGGCUCUAUCAAGGGAUGGUCCGGUUUUAGUUGAAGGAAGGAAAGUUGAAAAAACUAUUACUAUUAGUUGGGUGUCCCGUGCGCUGCUUUGGGAAGUCGUCACGACUCUAAGCCUGUUACACUUGAACGUCUAAGGGAAGUCAAGUGUUUUUGAAGCUAGGAAAAAUCUGAGGCCAAAAUUGUUUCUUAACAGCUUUAAUAAUGCUGAUUUUAAAUAAUUUUAAAAAAUGGACCAUUUGCUUAAUUAUUUCAAUAUUAUCACUUCAGUCAAAUGUUAGUCUUAAAAAGAUCAGCUUUUUGUGGCACUGAAGAAUGUUUCUGCUAAGACACAAAACUUGCUCGGUGUGUUUACCAGGUGGGCGAGGAGAGGUGUUAGGAUGGGUGCGGAGUAACUGAGAGGAUGUUUAUUCAGAAGUGUGAUUCUCUCCCCCCGCACCCCAGCUGCUGUGUGUGUGCGUAAUCUGGGCACAGUGACGACCUUAUCUGGAUUUGCAGAGGGACACCACCCUGUGCCCCCUGGUCUGGUCUGACAGCCACGGCCUGCUCUCUCCCUCCCGCUGGUGGAAAGUUCCAGAGCUCCUGUCCAUAGACGGAGCCGUUUCCCGCCCGGUUGGUUUGAGGUUUUGGUGCUUCACGUGAGCACCGUUAGGAGGUACAAGUAUCUUGAAUAUCACUAGUUCUGAAGAGUUUGGGUACAUUUGUUUUAAUGAAUAUUUAGACUGUGCAGUGAGCAUUUUAUUUUUAUUUUUUCUUUUUAGCAGAUCUAUUACCAUUUAGGUCCCAUGAUUGAGCUGAUAGUCUACUGUGAGAAUGGGACGACUUAUCUACUGUGAGAAUAACAUAAAUGAAUAGUCUAUUUGAAAACUUUUAUACUCAGUGGUGUUUUAUAUAUUAAGAUAAAAAUCUAUGUACACAUGUGCAUGUACACACCGUCUCUCUCUAUUGCGGAGGGAAUGUGAAAUUUUUAAAAAAUGGAAUUGCAGCCACAAUCGUGUCUAAAAGAACAUUCACUCCUAGUGAGAGUUUACAAAAGCCACUAACAGAGUGAGGCAGAUGAAAAUGCAAGGGGUCAUCCCUUAGGGUUAUUUUUACUUUAAAGUGGUAGUGCUCCCUUUGAAAGAGUUGUUUUGAUUACUGUGGUCUUUUUGUGAUUGAAGUCAUCUAACAGAAGCCAGAUAGAAGCUACUUUUUAAUUGCUGGCAAACAGCUUUAAGUGCACUUUCUUUGAUUACACUUCCAUUUAUUGUUAAACUUGAAUUUUCUGAGGCCUUUUAUUGUACCACUAAGCAAAUAACUUUAACCUUUAAAUAAACCGAAUUUACAUCUUUAUUAUGUUUCUAAUUGUUAUAAAACAAACUUGUUUAAGUAAAACUUCAGUCUUCAAAUAUAGCUGGGAAACUGUUAUGAAACAGAAUCAGUUGCUUUUGCCCCCCCGUAUCUGAGUGAGCACUAACAGAUUUUAUUAUUUUGUUGCCUUUACAUUGCUUAUUCUUUUUGACUGAAUUCUGUCCCUGAUUCACUUUGUUUGAAAUUUAAAGUUAUUUUCCUACUGUAUUUAUCAUAUCUUACUGUUAUAAUCUGCUUUCUUUAAAUGCAAUAAAUCCCAAAUGGAUUGCA